AUGAAGUACCGGGACCGCGCGGCGGAGCGCAGGGAGAAGUACGGCGUCCCCGAGCCCCCGGAGCCCAAGAAGAGGAAGUACUCAGCUGUGAUGCCCGCCACUGUAGACUUUGAGCAGCCGACGCGGGACGGGCUGGGCAGCGAUAACAUUGGGAGCCGCAUGCUGCAGGCCAUGGGCUGGAAGGAGGGCAGCGGCCUGGGCCGCAAGAAGCAAGGCAUCGUCACCCCCAUUGAGGCGCAGACCCGAGUGCGCGGCUCCGGCCUGGGUGCCCGCGGCAGCUCCUACGGGGUCUCGGCCGCCGAGUCGUACCGCGAGACGCUGCACAAGACCAUGCUGACCCGCUUCAACGAGGCUGAGUGAGGCCACACCCCUGGAGACUCCCCCUGCAGGGGGGACCAUGAACUUUUUUUUAAUUAAAGGAGAAAAAUGAC